AUGGGACAACAUUUUUCCGGGACGAUGCGAUCAUUUCUUCUUAUUUUGGCGCUGUCUACGUGCUAUCUCACGGCUGCUCCACCUGAUAUGCAAGCAAGAGUUGAACAACUCGAGAAAAACUAUGCCAAAAUUAUUGAUUUGGAGACGAAAGUCGGUCGACUGGAAGCCAAAAUUGAAAAACAGGAUUCACUUUUAGCUAUUUUGGAAAAAGGACAUCACCCUUUGAAAGAUAAUGUCGACAUCAAUCAACCUCGUCGUCAGAUCGUAAUUCUUCGCACUUGCCAUGAAAUCCACGUCGCAAAUCCGUCGCACCUCUCCGGUAUGUACUGGAUUGAUCCAGACGGACAAGGCAUCGGUGAUCCACCAAUCCACGUCCAUUGCGACAUGGAGGCACCGGAGGCAACUGGAGAUAACUGGAAGUGGGUUCCUGUCAAAGGCACAACAUCUAUUUUGCAUGACAGCGAGUCGGAAAUGGACAUUGGAAAUUGCACAGAACCUGGAUGUUACUCGAGGCAAAUCAAAUAUUACGCAAGCGAUAGACAAAUCGAAGCGUUAAAGCAAUUGUCCCAAAACUGCACACAAAACAUUAAGUACGAUUGCAGAAGAUCGCCGUUAAGCUACAAUGAGACCGCCUAUGCUUGGUGGAUCGACAAAUACGGCAAAACGGGAAACUUUUCCAAGAGCCACUGUGACAACCUCGAUGACGAAAAACCUUUUCGGAAGCUUUCCUUCCGUAACGAGCGUGUGCCUCUUACGCGCAUCCAUUUUAGCAACCCGUUUAAGCGCUCCGGCCAGUACGAAGUGAGGCGGUUACGAUGUCAUGGAAAGGCAAAAACGGAGGCAAUGCCGAGAUCGUGCGAAGAUUUGUGGCUGAUGGGACACACUCUCAACGGAAUCUACUCAGUCAGGGGUGCUAAACAAAUAGAAACUGUUUUCUGCCAAUUUGAUACACGACCUAAUGAACAAGGUUUCCAGAAGAGGAUCGGCUAUCAAGACAUAAAAACAAGGCCAAUAUACUUCUACGUACAGAAAGACAACAAAUUUUCGGAAAGAAACGUUCCACUUCCGUUUGAGCUUACCAUAGUAAACAUUGGAGGGGCCAUGGAUUUGCCAAGCGGCGUAUUCACAGCACCCGUCAACGGAACUUACUUCUUUUCUUUUGCUGGACUCGCGCAAUUUCCGGUGGUUCCAGAUCCAGUGCUAAGGGAAAUAGGCGCGAAUCUUUAUAAAAACGGUGAAAGAAUAGCAAUUAGUCAGGUUAACAAAGGCCACCUCGUAUAUCCGGAUAAUCUAAGUCCAAUCACCGUCCAAAGUACUGUAUCUUUGCAAACCGGAGACGAAGUAUGGAUCCAGAUAAGUAUUGGGAUCAGCGGAGGGUUUCUAUACGGUGAAAGGCAGUUGAUGAACCAGGGUUCACACACGCAUUUUAACGGGUGGCUUUUAGAAGAAGAAAUCUAAGCAACGCAGACGUUUUCCACACCCCAGCUUGGCAGCAAAUACUCCAGUCUGUUUUGAAUCUGUUUUGAUCAAAUGGUAAGAUUAAAAGGAAAAAUAAAAUUUUGUUUGAAGAUUCUAAGGAUAAAAAAA